AUGGGGCUUUUCAACGACAUUGACAUUGAGCGAGACUUUCCGGACCAUGAGAUCCAGUCUAUGGUGAAGCGUUCCGAGUGGGCAGUUCAGCAGCAUCAAGCCCAAGAGCCCAAUACUAUUGACUCUUACUGCCCAAUUGACUAUGGAAACGAGCAAACUUUAGCCAUCACUUCCUACAGCACUCCCAGGCCUCAGAUUUAG